ACUGUGCUCUCUGGCCUAUCGUUGGCGCUGAACAAGCACAAUGUGCAAAACGUGGCCGUGCCCGACAGUUCCAUCACUAAGGCCGGCUUCCCGCUUUUUGACGCCUCGCAGGCGCGCUCACCGAACCCGCUGUCGCCAGCAAUUUCAAUGAAGACCCCCGGAUACGUCGACCCCGAGAGCCUACCCUUUGAGCUCGGCUCCAGCAUCACCGACAGCACGACAGGCAGGCAGUACACGCUGCUCAGCGUGCUCGGUGAGGGCUCCUAUGCGGUCGUGUACUUGGCUCGCAGCAGCCAUGACGGUGGCAAGUACGCGCUCAAGUGUUUGUCCAAGCUUGGCCUCACCGCUCGCCAGCUCUCAUUGCAGCGCACUGAGCUUGAUAUCCACAGCUCCGUGUGCCCCCACCCGCACAUUGUCACACUGUACUCGCACUUUGAGACGCGUGACUGGUUGUUCUCGUAAUGGAGCGCGUCGCCGGGCCCGACCUGUACGACUAUAUCACUCAGCACCCGUCGUUCAAUGCCAACCAGGAGGAGCGCCGCUUUAUCGAGGCCACCAGGCUUUUUGGGCAGAUGAUUGAUGCCGUCGCGCAUAUCCAUGCGCUCAAGGCGUACCACCGCGACCUGAAGCCCGAGAACUUCAUCCUGGGCGCCGACGGCAACCUCAAGCUGACAGAUUUUGGCCUGGCCACACGCGAGUCAUUGUCGACGGACUUUGAGUGCGGAAGCAAGCCGUAUAUGAGCUACGAGAACCGUAACGGCGGGCUCAACCCUAAGGAUCCCACGGUAUACGGCCCGCGCGACGAUUACUCCCCACGUCUCUCGGAUGUCUGGGCACUCGGUGUUUUGUUCCUCAACCUUUUGUUCGCCCAGUCGCCGUGGACUGACCCUUCGCGCGAGUCGUGCUUUAAGUUUUGCCGUUUUUUGCGCGAGGGCGCAGGUUUCCUUGUCAGCCAGUUCCCGAAGCUGCCGCGCGAGGUUGGUGACUUUUUGGUCACUCGCAUUUUCUCUCCCGAGAGCGGUCGCUGCAAUGUGCUGGAGCUCAAGCAGUGGGUGCAGGAUCUUGGAUACCCGUUUAACCUGCCAAAGUCUGGCUCUGGAACCGUGUCGCGCCCCAUUUCGACUCGCCACAAGAACGUUUCGGCCGGCCGUCGCCCCGCCAACACCAUGUCGGCAACAGUUUUGGUGCCGGUGCCGGUGCCAGUAGCUACGGCAAGUCGUACAUGUCCGGGUCGAUCGGCAAGAAGUGGUCGCCGACCAACGGCGUUGUUGGCGGAAAUCUGCCCAAAAUGCCCUAUGUGCCCCAGGCAAUUCUCGCCAGCACUGCGCUUGCUCUUGACUCGGCGAUGGCUGCGGCAGCCGCAGCUCCCAGUGCCAAGGCAAAGUCACCACACAAAAAGCGCUUUGCUGCUAUGCAGCCGGUCCACAUGCCCGGAAGCGGAUUUGCCGCACAUCCGACGGUCAGCAAGGCCAACCACAUGUCGACCUCGGUUCCUGCGGCGGUGUUUAGCCAGAUUAUCCCGGCCACACAGGCCGCUGCCGCUCGCCAGAUGAUGCCGCGCGAGUUCAACCCGACUGCGGCAAGGCCGCUGCGGCGAUCCUGCAGUCGUCGAUGCUGUGCUUGCCCAAGAACGGCCUCGGACAGGGCAAGCUCGACAAGAGCGUCGA